AACAUGCCGGUGUCAAGAAUGCGCAUGAGGCCCUGGUUGGAAAUGCAGAUUAAUUCCAAUCAAAUACCAGGACUGAUAUGGAUUAACAAGGAUAAGAUGAUGUUUCAAAUCCCAUGGAAACACGCAGCGAAGCACGGCUGGGACAUGGAGAAAGACGCCUGCCUUUUCCGGAGCUGGGCCAUUCAUACAGGAAGAUACAAAGAAGGUGAGAAAGACCCUGACCCGAAAACUUGGAAGGCGAACUUCCGCUGCGCGAUGAAUUCCCUGCCCGACAUCGAAGAAGUGAAGGAUAAAAGCAUCAACAAAGGCUCCAGCGCUGUCCGUGUUUACAGGAUGCUGCCGCCCUUGACGAAGGAUCAGAAGAAAGAAAGGAAGUCAAAGUCUUCACGAGAAGCAAGAAACAGGAGCAAGAGAAAGUCGUAUGAAGAGAUGAGGGCGGAGGAGUCAGCAGAAAGCCUAACCAGCACCCCCCUGCCAGAUGACCACAGUGGCUACACCGUUCAGGACUACUCGGGGCAGGAAGUGGAGGUUGAGAGCACAUCCAUCACCUUAGACCUCUCCCCGUGCGAGGUGAGCACCUCCCUGACUGACUGGAGGCCGAUGGAAAUCACCAUGGCUGACAGCACCAACGACCUCUACCCGCUUCAGGUGUCUCCCCUGGCUUCGUCCUCCGAAGAUGAAGAGGAAAUGAAUUCGCACAUUUUUAAGCUGCUGGAACCAGCCCAGGACUGGCACACCACCAGCGUCGGGGGCAAAGGCUUCCUCACCAACGAGCCGGGCACGCAGACCAUGUGUAACACUUACUACAAGGAGCAGGACGGAGAGGUCGACACCACUUCAGGAGAGCUAGAGCUCAGGUUUUUUGACCAGAAAAACAUCCUAGACUUCUCCUGGCUGGAUACAAUGAGACCUACCAUGCAAGCCAUUCCCUGCGGCUUGUGA